CAGUGUGUUGCCUACUGUGUACUCCGUAUUAUUAUAAACCGACCUUGCAGACUUCUGAAUAAUUGAGAAGCACGUUGAAUACACUCCGUUCAAGCCAUUGUUUGCUAUAGUAUUAGGUCGUCUGGUUGCUGUGGACGGGGAACGCUGAUCAAGUUGUAAGCCGAACGUCGAUAAGCGCGCCAUUACCAGAAAUCCGCGGGAACUGCGUAUGGAUGAAUGAGUUUGUUGAUCAUACAAGUACACAGCCCCGGUACUAUAAACAUGUGUGGACGACACACACGACAUGAGUCUCUCGGAGAGCUGUACUGAGUGAGACAGUUACAUUUUUUUUUUUGGUUAAAAACAACUACGUAGGGUGUGUAGGGUGUCAUAUGUAUAUCCUAAUUAGUCACUAGUUUUAACAUUGAAUUUGUGGUAACGGCUGGGUUUUUUAACCGGAACGAAAAAUCGUUGGAAGAGAGGUCUUCAUCAGUUUUGUACUUCUACUUGGUGCAAAAUCAGUGCCCAAGAUGGCGGGAGGUUUGGAGCCAAGCAAAGGAGCCAUUUCGCACGAUAAGAUGACUGCCGACAAACAGAGUCCAGACAGAACUGGAGGAGGAGGAAUUGGACGAGAAGGAAACAAAAAGAAAAGCAUGCAGAUGGACAUGAUGGACACAAGUUUUGUCAGACUUCGGCAAGAGAUUGGACUCUUUAACGGCAUGACGAUCAUCGUAGGCUGUAUCAUCGGCUCAGGAAUCUUCUUGUCACCUAAGAGUGUUCUUGAGAAUGCUGGGUCCGUAGGAAUGUCUAUGGUUGUCUGGGUAGUUUCUGGUGUCUUCUCUCUGAUUGGGGCCCUGUGUUUUGCUGAACUUGGUACAACAAUCCUCGCCUCUGGUGGUGAAUAUUCCUAUAUUUUAUUCGCCUUUGGUGAGCUCCCUGCCUUUGUUUUACUAUGGGCCACACUCAUCAUAAUAAACCCAACUGGGCAAGCCAUUAUUGCUCUGACAUUUGCAAACUAUGUAAUGCAGCCAUUUGUUGGUGAUUGUGAGAACCCGUCAGCCGGCGUUGUGCAAAUUGUUGCCAUACUUUGCCUCGCUCUCUUGACGUUUGUUAACUGCUGGAGCGUUCCAUGGGCAACUAAGGUACAAGAUGUGUUCACUAUUGCCAAGGUGCUCGCUUUGUUGGUCAUCAUUGUGUCUGGUCUUGUCUACAUCUGUAUGGGUCACACUGAGAACUUUCAAGAACCAUUCAAAAACAGCAAGGGAGGGAGUGAUAUAGCAUUGGCUUUCUAUGGGGGCCUGUUUGCUUAUGCAGCUUGGAAUUAUCUGAACUAUUUGACCGAAGAGAUCAAGAAUCCUUAUAGAAAUCUACCUUGGGCUAUUGGUGUUUCGCUUCCACUAGUAACCAUCAUCUAUGUGCUGGCUAACAUUGCGUAUUUUGCUGUGUUGACACCAGAGGAGCUGGAGAACUCCAAUGCAGUGGCUGUGACAUUUGGUGAGAAGCUGUUUGGGCCAAUGGCAUGGAUAAUGCCUGUAUCUGUUGCCAUGUCAACAUUUGGGGGUGUUAACGGAGGUUGCCUGUCGCUAUCUAGGUUGUUUUUUGUUGGAGCCAGGGAAGGCCAGCUACCAUCAGUCAUGUCCAUGAUUCAAGUCAAACGCAAGACUCCAUUACCUUCGCUCAUUUUCACGUGUUUUCUAUCAAUCAUGUACGUGUUUGUUGAGAAGAUUGAGACCUUACUGAAUUACUUUAGCUUCAUGACAUGGUUGGCCAUAGGAGCAGCUGUAGCUGGUCAGUUGUACUUGAGAUGGGCUAAACCUGAUCUACCUAGACCAAUCAAGCUGAAUAUCAUGCUGCCCAUUAUCUUUGUGGGUGCUUGUUUGUUCUUGGUUGUCAUGGGAACCAUUGCAGCCCCAAUGGAUACCCUGAUUGGUGUUUUAAUCACCCUGACUGGAUUUCCUGUUUAUUUCAUCGGUGUCUGGUGGAAGAAGAAGCCAAAGUGUUUGGUUCAGUUUAGUCAUACAGUCACUGUUUUCCUGCAGAAGGUGUUUAUCAUAGUCCCACAGGAAAAGGAAGAUUAAUGGCACCUGUAAGGCUAAGGUUGAUGAUCAAGCCAAAGCCGCAAAGUCAGACAUAGCCGUUAAGUCCAUCCGGCUUAUCAUCAGGGGCCUGGAGACACACCAAGUUGGGAUUUAAUCUCUGAGGGAAAAUGCAACAAAAUGCUAUAUAAAAGAAAAUCCUUUCAUUAUUUUUGUUAUCUCGUUUCUUUGAACUCAUUCACAGCAGCACAAUUAAUGCAAUAAAAACAGUUUAAAACAAUGCAAAGUCUAAGCUGGGUGUUUGGGAGAAUCAUUUUAAUUUGAAAACAUAGUUUGAACUUGUUUAUAUUUCAGAUUUGUUGAAACAAAAAAAUUCUUGUUCAGAAUUUUCCUGUGCAAAACAAUUUAAACAAAAUGAUUUAAAGAACGAAGAACCGAUCUUCCGUUAAAGCACCCAAGCUUAGACAAGCUGCAUUAUAACAGUAAUCACAUAUGUACAGGCAUGUAACGUUUUAGCUGAUCACCUGAUAGCCGCUUAUUUUUCCUAGUUUUAGUGCGGUAGAAAACUGAAAACAAUGUAAAAAGUUUUAUAUAAGGUGUUUUUUCUUGUAAUGUUUAAGGCUGGCUAUCUGUUGGUAUAGACCUUUAUCACGCUGUCACCAUCUUGGUCAUGUUCCCUGUUUCCAUAACAGCAAUGAAUGCUAACAUCCAUUGCGUAAACAUGCCACCAGACUAUUGUAUCGCCCAAUCUGAGUAUGGUUACUAUGAGUUGGAAUGGAGUAAAAUCAAGAUGACCACACCGUAAUAAAGGUCUAUUGAAUUCUUACACCAAUUCUUACUGCAUAUUCAGUUGAUAAUAUCAACUUAGUAUUUUGCAGUUCCUAGCCACUGUAUUUUUUAAUUUCAACUCUUAUUUGAACCGUUUGUCAGGAGAUGUUUACAAAUAUCUUGUUUGCCACACAAAGUAGUAAAAAUGAGUGAAUUUGUGUUUGAAUAAUGUAUCCAUCAUUCAGGUAAACAACCGAAAGUGCCCGUCGAUCGCAUACAACAAUUAAAACAAUAAGACAUAUUCCAUAGUACUUAGCUUUUGUAUAUGCCAUCUUUAUUGACCAAAGUGGGUUUUGGCUUUGAGGUAAACCAUAAGGUAUGUAGGCAUAACAUUGUAUAGUUGUGCAUUAAACAAAUGAUUUUUAUAUCAAUGUGGUGCCUCUAAUGAUGGGAAUACAGUAGUAUACAAAUAUAACAAGGUUUAUUUCAGGUGACUAGUCGAUAUAAGCUCCCUGAGGUAUUGGAAGUUGACAA